AUGGGGAAUUUUACUAGCCUGUUUAGUAAAUUGUUUGGCAAGAAAGAAAUGAGGAUCUUGAUGGUAGGACUGGACGCUGCUGGAAAGACCACCAUCCUGUACAAGCUCAAGCUAGGAGAAAUUGUUACCACCAUCCCUACCAUCGGUUUUAAUGUUGAGACGGUAGAAUACAAGAACAUCAGUUUUACGGUGUGGGAUGUCGGCGGUCAGGACAAGAUCAGGCCACUCUGGAGGCAUUACUUCCAAAACACACAAGGCCUUAUCUUUGUAGUAGACAGUAAUGACAAGGAGCGAGUUGGCGAGGCGAAGGAUGAGCUGAUGCGCAUGCUUUCUGAGGAUGAGCUGAGGGAGGCUGUGCUACUUGUGUUUGCCAACAAACAGGAUCUGCCCAACGCCAUGAACGCAGCUGAGCUCACAGAAACGCUGGGCUUGCACAGCCUGCGCCAACGUAGCUGGUACAUCCAGGCCACAUGCGCCACUAGUGGAGAUGGUCUCUACGAGGGUCUCGACUGGCUUUCAAACCAGCUAAAGAAUGCGAAAUGAUCCAUCAGUCCACCUCCAGUCUGUCAUCUGUCUGCAGUGUGAUGGGAGACUGCACUGGUCCCGGGCUCAUUCUCUCCUCCCCUUUUCUCUCUUUCAUCUGAAACGUUGGACCUUAGGCCAGUGCUCUCCUGCAUGUGUGUACUGUACGUGUGUGUUCGGAUGAAUAUUUUUGGAUGAAUGAAAGCGUGUGUGAGCUGAGUGGGAGCAGCCCUGCUGUGCCUUGAACACAGUUAACUCUCAAGCACCUCAUCCCUCCAGUGUGAGCACUUCAGAAGGCACUGGUCUCCACAAAGCAAAGCGUGACACAGGAUCUUGAGUCCUGUGAAUCUGUCAAGAAUGUUUGUAAAAAAACAAACGCUAAAAAUACCACAUCUAUCCACACAGUAUACCACAGUGUAACCCGUGUCCUGUUUCAUAACAAUAAAAUACCAAACAUCUCAAAUCAGUUUACAUUCUUUUGAAAACUUGGAUUUGAGUUUCCACUUCUUCAGUAAACACUGGAUACUUAAUGGUUCUUUCAAGUCUUUUCUUAGUGUGAAUCCUGUGUACUGUAGCUCCUGUUAACGGUCAGGUAUAGUCUUAGUCACCAUCUAACCCUGUAGAUAAGUUUCCCCGUGUGUUGAACAAUUUUAAUUUAAAUUCAAUUCAGUCCCGACUCCCUAAGUUAUACUUCUCAUGGUUAUGACCCUGAUAUUUAUUUGAAUGGGACUUGUUUGUUACACAUAGAAGAUUCAAAGAUCUGUCAUGACUAAGCCUAGAAAAGGCAAUACAUGUUUUGGUGUUUACGUGGAGGUGUUUGAGUGUGGGUACUGCACGGUGCAUCCAGUCCACUGGAAAGGUGAGGCCUUUUUAGAGUUGCUCCCACUCUGGCUUUUUAAGUACUGGUAGUCUUAUUUUCUCUUGUAUGUAAUUCUUUUGGUUAGGGUCUGUUAUUUGUUUUUUACAUUACUAUGGAUGCACGCAUGACCUGGUUUACUUAAGCAUGAGCUGACGUGCCAGGUGUGCAGUCUUUGAGUAAAAUGCUUUCGGGACCAAUUGGUUGGAUACAGAAAGGGCUCAUUGUGUUCGGUUCAGUUUUGGAUCUGCCUGCAGAGUGCUAGGUCACCCCUCCUGUGUUUUCCAGAGGACACAUGCUCUUGAACAAGUUGUCAGCGCUGUGAUAGACGGUACAGUCGGAAUGGAAGCGUUUGCUCUGGCCUACUGUAUGAAGCAGCACUGUAAAUGCUUCCUCAAUGCUUCAGGCUUUAUGGUGUUUUUCCUGCAUGUAGCCAGGGCGCUUCCCCCUGGAGUUAUUGGCAUUAUGUCCCUCUGAUGCCAUUUGCACAACCUCAUCAGCUUGCACAACACAGGCCUGUGUAAAGACAGCGAUUUAUCCAUCCGCCCUUUGCAAUGAACCCAUAGACGGUAACCCUUCCCAUUGCUCUACACCAGCAGACAGUUAAAAUGUGCAACCAAGAGUGUUGCACCAGUUCACCCAGUUAUAGAAGUUUCCCACACAUGCAUUGAUCCAAAAGGCUCCUGCAAACAAUAAGAAACCAAUCUUGAGCUCUGUACAUCCCUUACUAAGUGAAGAUGACUCUAAGGUCAUAAUAUUCCGCUGACCUCUAAAGGAAAAUUCAUUUUUCCUUUUGUGUUUGUACAACUGGACAUUUAGGUGUUUUUUCUUGAAAAAGUUUGAGUAAUUGAUCGACUCUCCUUUUGGGCUUUAUUUGUCUGUACAUUAUGGUAUUCCCUAAACAUUGUAGAGUUCAUAGGAUAAGUGACUUGAUCUGGUAUACAGCAAGAAAUACAAAUGUAUAUAAUAUUCUACAAGAAAAUGUAUUUUAACUUGACGUCAUCCACCUACCCUUGUUCAGAUGUGAAGCUUUAAUUUUCAAGAUCGUUUCUGUAAAAAUGACAAGGUAUGUGCAUAUGUAUUUCUUAUUUACCUUUUACGCUUUUUUAAACUCAUCUUGUAACAUCUGAUAAAUGCACUAUAAUAAAGAGAUCUCUAUUGUACA